UGCAUCUCUUCCUUUCUUCCUGAUGGAUGGUACCAUCUCUGAUCCCUGGGUCUCCAAGGCCAGUGGGACGGUGCCAACUUGAAAACACGGCUCUGAAUGUGGGACCUGGGACUGAUAACGUCAGAAUCAUGGCUGGAUGGAUGGCUGGGGCCAAGCGCUAUAAAAAGCCGUGUCAGGGUGCUGCAUAAGUGUCCCGCCAUGGUGCUACCUGGGCUGUGGCUGCUGCUGCUGCUGCUGCUGGCUGGCACCCGAUGGCUGUGGGGCCAGUGGAAAUUCUGGAACCUACACCUCCCUCCUCUUGCCCCGGGGUUCCUGCACUUUCUACAGCCCAACCUCCCCAUCUACCUGCUGGGCCUCACCCGGAAACUCGGGCCAGUCUACAGAAUCCGCAUGGGGCUGCAAGAUGUGGUGGUGCUGAAUUCUAAUAGUACCAUUAAGGAGGCCCUGAUCAAAAAAUGGGUGGACUUUGCUGGCCGACCCACGGUACCAUAUGAGAAGCUAGACUUGGACCUGUCACGAGGGGACUACUCUUCGACAUGGAGGACCCACAAGAAACUCUCUCGUUCAGCUCUGAUGGUGGGCAUGCGAGGCUCCACGGAGCCCAUAGUAGAGCAGCUGACCCAGGAAUUCUGCAAGCGCAUGAGAGCCCAGGCUGGCGCCCCCGUGGACAUCCACCAGGAAUUCUCUUUUCUCACCUGCAGCAUCAUCUGCUAUCUUACUUUCGGAGACAAGGAUGACACUUUGGUGCACACUGUCCAUAGCUGUGUCCAGGACUUGAUGCAAGCCUGGAGCCACUGGUCCAUCCAAAUCUUGGAUAUAAUUCCCUUUCUCAGGUUCCUCCCCAAUCCGGGCUUCGCUCCCCGAGCUGGACACUCAGCCUGCUCCCCCUGCCCUCUGCAGGACAGCCGGGUAGCAGGCCAGUGGAGGGACAUGAUCGACUACAUGCUUCAAGGGAUGGAGCAGCUAUCAGAGGGCCAUGGUGCGGGAGAGCUCCACGAGGGGCACGUGCACAUGUCUGUGGUGGACCUUUUCAUCGGUGGCACCGAGACCACAGCCACCACGCUCUCCUGGACAGUGGCUUUCCUGCUUCAUCACCCUGAGAUCCAGAAGCGACUGCAGGAAGAAUUAGACCUCAGGUUGGGCCCCAGUGGCGGCAGCUCCCAGAUCCUGUACAAGAACCGAGCACAGCUGCCUCUACUCAUGGCCACCAUCGCUGAGGUGCUGCGCCUGCGGCCGGUGGUGCCCCUGGCCUUGCCCCAUCGCACCACUCGGGCUAGCAGCAUCUCUGGCUAUGACAUCCCCAAGGACACAAUCAUCAUCCCCAACAUCCAAGGUGCCAACCUGGAUGAGACGGUCUGGGAGCUGCCCACCCAGUUCUGGCCUGAUCGCUUCCUGGAGCCCGGCAAGAGCCCCAGAACACUAUCCUUUGGCUGUGGGGCACGUGUGUGCCUGGGAGAGCCUCUGGCACAACUGGAGCUCUUUGUGAUACUGGCACACCUGCUCCAGGCCUUCACGCUGCUGCCACCACCAGAUGGCACCCUGCCCUCCCUGAAGCCCCAGAAUUAUUCUGGUGUCAAUCUCUUGAUUCAUCCCUUCCAGGUGCGGCUGCAGCCCAGGAACCUGGCGCCACAAGACCAGGGCCAGAGCCCGUUGACAGGAUAGGACCAGUGCCAGCCUUGUGCCUCAGUUUCUCCUU